AUGGAGGGAGGGAGAAGAGAGGAGAGCGAUUGCACGAUUGCCCGCAGCGAUGACAGCAUCUGGCCCGGCCCCUGUGCAGCCACUAAAUCUGCCCAGGUGUUGCCAGCUCGACCUAUCCCUUGUCGGUUGGCAUCUGUCAGGCACUCGGCUUCUGUUGCUAGUUGA